AUGUCUGAGGAUAUGCAACAUGACAAUUUUUUAACAAUUAAUGACGAUAACUCUCUGGUACCAACUGAAGUUACAAAAACAGAUUCUCUAAGACAGAAUAAGAAAAUAGACAAGAGACUUGCAACAAGUAACAAAAAAUUGAUGGGAGACAAAGAAUGGCAUGAACCAGAUGGUAGAAAACGGGAUGUUUUCAAAUCAGCAAUAGCUCCAAUUGCUGGUACUGCUGCAGCUCUGUCUAUGUCAAAGAGGCCUAAUCCACCACCAAAGCCUAAUUUAUCAAAACUCUUUGCUACAGUGAAGUCUUCUACACAAAAAACACCUCCUUCUGUUCCUGAAAAAGAAGUUUCUGUUUUGAGUGUAAAAUUGCAUGAUCAUAAGCUUAAAACCAGCAGUAAAAGUAAUGUAAGAAGAAGCACCCUUGCUACAGAUGUGCCCAAACAAAAUAAUAAAAAUGAAAAUUUCAACAAAUCUCCUUCACUAACAGAACAAAUAUCAUCAGAUUCUACAGGUGUCCAAAUUGAUAAAGAAGAUAAUGCUCAUUCCAUUCAUUCUCAAGGUGUGAGGUCUGCUUCAGAACUGCUAGAAGAGGCUAAAUAUCUAGUAAUGCCAGACACACCAAAAAUAUAUGAAAGAAACUUCCAACAGAGCAAGCCGGAGCAAUCUGUGACUGCAGCACAGCAAACAUUUACAGCUAAGGCAAAAUCUGUUGAUGAAAUCAUUGCUUCACUGCGGUCUGGUAGACACACCACCUCCCAGUCUGCUGCAGACCAGAAGAUCAAAGGACUCUUGGAGAGAGUGUUUGGCUACAGUCAUAGCAGUAAAAGUGAGGAUGUGACGGAAAUCACAGCAGAGCAGAAACAGGAGAGUGAAAUGGCAUUGCUGCAAACUGAAGGGAAGAUAUCACUGACGGAUUCUCAGCAGAGAGCUGGAAAGCAAAUUAAAAAGACUGAAAUGUUAAAAGGAAUCAAUCAGAAACUCCAAGAGGAGAGAAAAACCACAAAGGCUUUGGGCAGCACUGUAAUAAGUCCAACGACACCUUCAGAAACAGAGCAAAGGCCAAAAUCUGAGGCUGCACUUACUUCAGCACAAGUGACACGUUCCAGACAAACAUCUUUUGAGGUUCCGUACAGAUUUCAGGAUACUCUAACCAACGAGGAUAUAGAAAAGAUUCUUGCAUUACCUCGAAAGGUUUCUGUUUCUGAUAUAAUUCAUAUAAAAGGAACUUCAUUUGGAUUAACAAAGGGAAUUUCAGCUGAUCGGCAAACGCUACUUGAGAAUGAAGAGUCUGACCAACAAACCUCAGCGCCGGCCACACGGAUUCCAAUAAAUAAACAUCAAGGACACCAGACUAUUCACCACUUUUGCAUUGCUGAGCCGAGUCAUAUAUUACCCAUUGAUUUGCAACUGGCUUCAAAGUUGUAUUAUACUCCAAGUCGAAUAGGGCAUGGCUGUAGUAAACUUCCAGAAUCAAUUCAGCUAGAGGAAUCACGUAUCUAUAAAGAUGAAGAUUUUUCUUCUCCUAAACAACAGAAGAUAGCAAAAAUUAUCCAUGAAGGAAUUCCUGCAUCAGAAGUGAGUCAGGAAAAGGUGCAGGAUGGUGUCAGAAUUUUACCACCACUUUCACCUGAAUUUCUGAUGGAAUGGCAAAGAAUUGCAGAAUAUUAUGUGGAAAGACCCAGAACUAUGUUAUUGGGAGAGUCAAUGGAAAUUUACAAAGAUGCAACAAAGCUGUUUUGGACACCGGCAUUUCCUAAGUUUGCUGUUCCUAUUUCAUACAUGCAAGAAACCCUAUAUCCCAAGUUAAAAGUGGAACUGGAUCACACAGCUAUCUGUGACUUUGACGAGGAAAUAUACCAAUUGGAUGAAGAGUACGACGCUGAUAAUGACGAGGAAAAUUUUGAAGAGAAAGCUGCGAUGCAAAGGACACUUUUCAAAAAGCACAGUUCGUUACCAGAUCUACGAGUAUUUUCUUUUUAUUCUUUCAGUGAGUCAUUCAAAAACAUUAACUUUCAGGCACCAGCAGCAUCCAACAAACCAGCACUAGAGACCUUUAGCUCCAUCUCUGAGGAGAAAGCUACUGAAUCCUUAGAGAAUGCAAUGGCAAGGCCUUCACUUGCAUGCUCCUCCAGCUCAGAGACUGACACUUUUGGUGGGUACUCUUUCUGGAUUAGGACUCAGGAGCACUUUCUGAGUAUGAUACCUAAACCGGCAAUAGAACAUUCUGAAGAAAAGCGAAGGAUAGUUAUAUAUAUAAAUUUGAAAAACACCAUUGACAAACCUACGAUUGCCAAGCAUAAAUCAUUGCCAAAUCUCCAUUUCUUUGAAGAUGGGUCUAACCUGACAAUAUCUGCUCCUUUCAAAACUAUGAUGAAGGAGGUCGAACUCCAGCGGGAACAAUUAAUUCAGGUUUCAAUGGAGGCCACCAUAGAGGAGGAACAGGCAAAAAGGAAAUCAAUAGAAGGUGUUCCAACUACAGAACUUUCUGAAUUGAAUUCAAUGCCAGCAAAAAGAGUGUCUAUUGAAAAGACACAGCCUUCAAUUGCAGCUCCAGUGACAGAAGCAGUCGUCAAAAAAAAACAAAAGACAAAACACCGUAAAAAAGUUAAAGCUGAUAUGAGAAUGUCACCUAUGUCAAGAAAGUUAGCUUUUGUUUACAGAAAACUGUCAAUGCCUCCAAAAGCUAUCAAAAGAUCAGAAUCUUCACCUACACUAAUUCUUCGGGAUAGUGAAAAAGUACCUAAAGUUCUUCAGCGAGAUUCUAGCGUUCCUUGUUUAUUUAACUUUGAGAACUAUACAAAGAAGAAAGGAGGAAUUCCUGAGGGUGUUGUUACCAGAGAGUGGGUCAGGGAUAUCUGGAACAAGUGGUUUGAUGAAGUAUUUCCGCCAUUAGAACCACCCAUUCAAAUAGUUAUCAGUAAAAAAGAUAGCCCCUUGGUUCUUAAAGAAAAAGAAUCUUCACACUUGCAUGCCAACCUGCAGGAGAUAGAACUGCAGAAUUUACAGCUUUCAACAGCACAAGAGAAAACGGAAUUGUAUCCAACAGAUUCAAACUCUGAAGUCACUCGGGCUGCUUUGCAGUCUGCAGUUAAUGAUCUAACAUAUCGCAUAGAUGUAAAGGGUGAAUCCACAGCGUUUAAUUACUGCCGUCGAGGAGCUUUGUACAGAAGAUUAGGACAGUUAAAGUCAGCCAUGGAAGAUUUAAAUGAAGCUAUUAAAUUAGAACCGAUGUUGCUCGAUAUCUAUUGGCAGAGGCAUUUCCUUUAUCUUCUUCAAUUGAGAACAUCUGAUGCACUAGAUGAUCUUAAUUUUGUGCUUAAACACAAUAGAAAUCAUGCAGAUGCCUAUACUUCAAAGGGAGACAUUUAUAGAGAAAAAGGGGAUAUCACAUUGGCAAUCAUAAAUUAUUCACAGGGGCUCAAAUGCAGACCUGAUGAUGAUAUCUAUUUCAAGAGGGCUGAGAUGUAUGAAAAAAACAAUGAUCUACUUUUAGCUAUGGAAGAUUAUUUUAUGGCUUUUAGUUUGAACCCAAAAAGAACAGAUGCUAUGAUGAAACGUGGUUUAUAUUAUUUUGAGAAUUCCACCUGGCACUUAGCAAUUCAGGACCUUACAGCACUGAUCAAACAGGAACCUGGCAAUGCUAAAGCCAGGAAUUAUCGUGGACAGGCAUAUGCUAAACAAGGAAUGCACAAGGAAGCAAUUGAGGAUCUGUCGGUUGCUAUUCACUUGGAUCCUAACAACUGGGUGGUUUUCUAUCACAGAGGCUGCUUGCUGCGAAAGAUGCAACCACAGCAAGCGUUACAGGACUUUAGUGUUUCAGUGCUUAUCAAUGAUGAUGUUGAGAAUUUGUCAUCAUUUUUGCAUCGUGGUAUUUUGUACACUGAUUGCAGUGAAUGGCAUGCAGCAAUAUAUGACUUUGAAAGCGUCCUCAAGCUUGACAGAUCUAUUUGCCUAGCUCAUAUAAAUCUUGGGCUUAUUUACCUUCUAAAAUUGGACUACUAUUAUGAAGCACUCCGUAAAUUUACACAUGCCUUAAAAGUUGAACCAACUUCAACAAGAGCGUAUGUGUGUCGGGCAAAGGCAUAUCAGAAGAUCCAUAAUGUGGCAAAGGCAUUGAAAGAUAUAACAUGCGCUAUUCACCUCCAGCCUCAAACACAUUACUUCUACCUGUUAAGAGGACAAUAUCUGUAUCAAAUGAAAAACUUUGAACUUGCCAGUUUUUGUAUCCAGUAUUAUGCUGAGAUCAAUCAAGCUUCUGACUCCUCUCCAAUUCAGCAAGCCACUGUACAAAUUUUUCUAAAAAAUUAUGACAAAGCUAUAGAGAACUUGAAUGCAAUGGAAAAAACAGCACCAUUGUUAACUUCGGUUGGGAAAAGCCAAAUGAAAGCUGGCAAAUAUGAGGAUGCACUGAACAGCUUUCAGAAAGCUUUGGCUCUUGAACCUGAAGCUUCUGAAAUAAGAAUUGCAAAUACAGUUAAUACGAGUGUAGAAAUAUAUUACCAUAUGGGUCUUUGCUACACUGAACUGAAUCAACUCAGAGAGGCAAUGGAUUCAUUUAAUAAUGCAAUGAAAUUGGUCCCAAAUUUUGCUAAAGCUUAUUAUCAGCGAGGAUUAUGCAGUUUGAAGCUUCAUGACUUUAAUUGUAUCUAUGACUUUCACAGAGCACUUACAAUCAACCCCCAAUUCUUUGAGGUCUAUCUAAGUCGAGCUGUUUAUUAUGCAAUGCAGGGACGCUAUCUUAAAGCCAUUCUAAGCUGUAAUGAAGCAUUGAAGAUUGAGCCCAGAAGUAUAAGAGCUUUUCUAUGCAGAGGAGCACUGAAAUUCUGCAGUAAGGCAUAUCGUUUGGCGAUUGCGGAUCUAACUGAAGCAAUAAACAUGAAUGAGACCUGCAUCUUGGGUUAUUUUAACAGAGCUGUCUGCCACCAGCAAAUGAAUGAUCUUCAAAAGGCGUUGAAAGACUAUGGGAUAGUUCUGCUCCUUGGCACCCACAAAAAAUUGAAUUUGAAGGUGUUCGUUAAUCGUGGUCUGUUAUAUUUGAAGAUGGAUGACCAUCAGAAUGCACUAAAGGACUUUAAAGCAGCAAUUGUAGAAGAACCAGAAAAUGCUUACAUUCAUCAUGCUGUAGCAAUCUGCUGUCAUAAACUUCAUUAUUUAGAAGAAGCUGUAAACAGUUUCAGUCAAGCAUUGAAAUUGGACCCAUUUUUUGUGGAUGCGUAUAAUGGACGUGGGAAUGUGUACAUGGAUUUUGGUGACACAGCUGGAAUAAAGCAAGCACAAAAAGACUUUGUGCAAGCACUUCAUUUAAAUCCCAAAUGUGUGAAAUCUAGACUCAACCUAGGAUACAACUUUCAGGUUCUGGGAAGAUUUCAGAAAGCAUGGAAUCAGUUUUCAAUUACAAUUGAUAUUGAUCCAAUGUUUCAUGAUGCUUAUGAAGGUCGCGCAAUGGUUAAUCUACAAAUGCUGAAUACCUUUGCAGCAUUUCAGGAUAUCAAUGCUGCAUUGAAGAUCUGUAAAUCUGCAAAGUUGUUUACGAACCGUGGAGUGAUCAGCCAGUUCACGGGUGAUCUACCCAAUGCCAUGAGAGACUACCAGAAAGCUAUAUCUCUCGAUCCCACCUAUUCAUUAGCUUAUUUUAAUGCAGCCAACCUUUACUUUUACAACAGACAAUUUUCACAGGCUCAUGACUACUACACAAAGGCAAUUGAUUUGCAACCAGGAGAUGAAUCUGCUUUGCUGAAUCGAGCCAUAUGUCGUGUUUUGCUUCGGCGUGCUAAAGAGGCGCUGGAGGACUUUGAAGAAGCUGUUAAACUUAGUCCUUAUUCAGCUCACAUAUAUUUCAACCGUGCAAACCUCUAUGCCACUCUAAAGCAAUACAAAGAUGCUGAAAAAGAUUAUUCACAGGCACUGCAUCUAAUGCCAGAUGAUGCUUUAUAUUACAAACUCCGUGCAGAUGUCCGGGGCCAUUUGGGUUUGAUUGAAGAAGCUAUCGCUGAUUACAAAACAGCAAUAGACAUCCAAGAAGCUGGAUAAAACAGAUGAUUACUUUUACCAGGAAAAGUAAGCAAUUAUCUCACAAAAUUAAGAUUAGGAUGAAAUCUCUUUGAUAAAAAUAGAAAUGAACAGAACUUCAAAAUGUGAGUUCUUGCAAAUAGUACGUGUCUCACUACUGGUAACAUUUCAUGACAAAUGAAUUUAAGCAUCAUUCAUCAUAGCAGAUUCUCUAAUGCUAUUACAACAGCGUUAAUUAAUAUCUUGGUUAUAAUGUAUA